AUGAGAACAUAUAGUCGAAGCUUUCAUUAUUCUUGGUUAUUAUAUGUAUUUAUAAAAAAUUUCAGAUCCGUGAUGUAUCCAUGGUUGCAUACUCUAACUCUUGUACAAUUGGAACAUCAUCAUCCUGUUUCGCAGCAAUAUACUUUCGCGAUCCCCGAAGUGCACACUAAGUGUGUUUGUGAUUGCAAUCCAGCAUCAGAUAUUUGUUCGGCACGAACUCAUUCAUUUACUAUUUGUAAUUCGACCAGCAAUUCUGUGUGCUAUCGUACUUUUCAUCCAAGUCAAUCGGAUUCAGGAUGCACGCAAGGAAGUCAGUCAAAGUUGUGUUGCGAGGUUAAUUUUACGCCAUAUCGUAAUUUGUCCUAUAUGGCAGUAAAGUUGGAGCAACCGUCGACAUUCGCUAUAUUUAAAUACUCGGCAUACGAUUAUUCAGCAGGUCGAUGGAUUCAAAAGGAUAAAAGUACACUACGAAUAGAAAUUGAUGGACGAACUCAAAGUCUUUUUUUGGAUCGCCACAAAAUCAUUAAGCUUGGUGUAAGUGCAUGGGGUCGAACAAGUCAUCAGCUUGAAAGCGGUAUGUAUUUUGCCCAAAGCAACCCAGGAGGCGAAAUGGACGAAUUGCGAAAACAACAAAUUAAUGAAAUUAAUGAAAAUAACUUCGAAAGGUUAGGUUGGUUUCGAAAAGAUGCUACAGGUCGCUUUAGUAUACGAAAUGGUAAGGUGAAAAUACAAAAAAUACAUUUCGCAAAAGUUGAAAAUUGCAAGGAUCAAAAAUCGCUGAGCUACCUUGAUGCUCAUCACUAUGUGGACGCUGAUAAUCAUGAAGAUUACGAGCGUUUUCGUUUUGAAGAACCUGUUGAUCAAAUAUAUACAUGGAUUAAAAGUGCUCGCCUUAUUGAUGGUUCUGCUCGUCAAGCACUAAUUGUUCAUUCCGGAGGCACAAAUCUUGAAAUUUCGCUACAGGUUCAUGCAGAUGAAUCAAGCGUCUCGCUGGUGCAUAAUUUCUCAAAAAUGAGCGAUUUUUCUGGAAGUAUUAUAACCGAUUUUAAAUCGAAUCGAUAUUUCAAUCUAACGGUUUAUAAUUCAACGGGAAUUUUACAUGGAAUAGUUAAGAAAAGUGUUGCAAAGGACGAUUUAGAUGAUUUUUUUUUUACCACAUACGUCGACGAUUUGAGAUCUACGAAUAAAACUAUUAUAAUUCCGUUUCCUGCAAUGGUUGGUGGCAAUGAUCGCCUUGUAUGCAUGAGAGCAGAUGAUGAACCAUCUGAAACAGAAAUAUGUAGAAUAGUUAUCUAUAAAGAACAACCUCUUGAGAUAAAUCUUCUCGAGAAUACUUGGCGAGAACUCGGUGGCUAUUGCCCAGAAUGCAAUAAAUUAACAGUGAACGGAUUUUUAAGUAAUUUAAACCCAAUGAACUGGGUAAGUAGUAUUAAUUCGCUAAGUAAUUUUAUUAUGAUGAUUUCAGAUAUAAUUAUUUAUUUAAUGUUAUUAUUAUUCGUGUAUUUUUUAUUAACUAAAUGUAUAUUACCAAUUUGUAAAUGUGGCUUAUGUCCUGCAAGUUUCUUUUCAUCGCAUUGUAAGAAAAUAAAUAAUAUUGAGAAGAAUUCUAGAUACGUAUAA